GUGACGUCGUCUCGGUGCGCGGCGCCGGAAGCGCGAUGGCGGCGGCGAAGCGCGAUGGGCAGGGGCCGGCGGCGGCCAAGGCGGGCGCGGCGGCCCGCGGGCCUGGCCGGAAGCGACGGUGGAGGCCCGUCCUGCUGCGCAGCGUUGUCGGCAGCGUCCAGGAGGGACGAGGAUUUGCAUUACAAAGGAAACAAAAGACUGAACGACAGUACAGGAAAUUACUGAAAAAGAGAAGACAAGUGCAUUCACAACAAGAUGAUCAGUUUACAGACACCUAUCCAGAGCACUUGAAACAUCUUUACCUUGCAGAGGAAGAAAAGCUUAAGAAGAGGCACAGGACUCCAAAUGAUUCAGUGUCAUCAGAAGAAAAGGUUAAUAAAGCAGCAGAGUCAGUUGGGACUCAAGAGAAGUUGAAAAAUAAAACGUCCAAUCAGAAGGCAAAAGAAGAGUGUGAGAAAAUAAAGGCUGAGCAUGCUAGAAAGAAAGAGGAAGCAAAAAAAAGAAAACAAAGAGAAGAAGCUCAAUGUUUGUACAAGAAAAAGAAAAUGGAAGCUUAUAAAAUACUGAGUAAGAAGACAAAGAAAGGACAGCCAAAUCUAAAUUUACAAGUAGAAUUUCUUCUUCAGAAAAUACAGCAAAACACAUAACCCCUGCAUAUAUUUAAGUUAGCUGUGGACAUUUUAUUAAAUUACUUUUAAUAAAUAAUGUCUUUUUUCUCUGUA